CACAUUCUCACAUUAUGGAAGGAACUUCUCGAACACUUCCUUUUACCAUAAGAUUCGUUGGUCUACUUGGGAGUCAUUCUCUUGGUAGAAAUCCAAAGUUUAUGGCUACUGCGGUAGCUUUAGGAAGAGAAUUGAAUAGGCGAAAGAUUAAACUUGCCUAUGGAGGAGGUAGUGUUGGCCUUCAAGGAGCUGUUGCUUCAACAGUCUUUACCAAUGGUGGCCUCGUUAGAGGUUUCAUUCCUGGGUACAUAGCAACACGAGGUGUCUAUGGACCUACGUACGGUGUAGAGCAUACAGUUUCUAGCAACUAUUACAAGUAUUUCGAGAUGAAUCAUGCCGUGGAAGCUUUCAUCGUUCUUCCCGGAGGAGUUGACACUAUGGAAGGUUUGUUCACUUUGAUCUCGUGGGCUUCUGAAGGGUUACACAAUAGACCCAUUGGUCUUUUGAACAUUGACGGUUAUUUCAAUAACCUAAUCAAGUUUUUAGAUGAUGCGGUGAGGCAAAACUUCAUGGCUUCCAGUCAAAGAAAACUUUUCAUUUCUUCUUUCUUUGUUGGUGAGCUUUUAGACAAGUUAGAGUUCGCUAAAGCUUUUCCGGCUUUUGGGGCUAAUUAUGACGAGUUCGCAAAUCCCGGGGAAUUAGACUUAGAAUUGCAUCUGUAACUUUCCUCAUGUAAUCCAAGUUGUAUUUUGUGUUGAAAUAAUAUUAUCCGUAAAUAUUAUUUAAUGUUGUAUGGCCAGCGCGGACUACAUUUUCUUCAUUCUUCAGUCUUUCAUUGUUGGUGUCACUGUUUAACGUCAUAUCGUCACCACAGUCGCGAUCUUUCACGUCAAAAUGAUAUCCGA